UGGCGUCAAGUGUCGGUAGUCGCGGGGCAGGUACGCGCGCUCGCAGCCGUCUCGCGGUGACCGGUGCUGGCGGGAGCGGCCCCGGCGAGUGAAGGAGCGAGGUGGGGCGGGGCGGGAGAAAGUGGCCGCCGGGAGGACGUUGGCGUUUACGCGUGGCGGAGCGGAAGAGUUUUGCUUUUGGUGUGCGUCUUCGAAAACCGCGCCUGCUGUUGGCUGAGGGGUCCGCCCGGAGCCUCCCCCUUCUCCACCCGCGGCCCCGCGCCGAGCUCGCCGGCCCGAGCCUCCGUGGGCGAGGUGGGAAGCGCGCUCGACCCGCGACCCGCGCCCGGAGCCGCCCCCGAGUGUCCAUGGCUACGCGGGUGUUGACCAUGAGCGCCCGCCUGGGACCCGUGCCCCAGCCGCCGGCCCCGCAGGACGAGCCGGUGUUCGCGCAGCUCAAGCCCGUCCUAGGCGCUGCGAACCCGGCCCGCGACGCGGCGCUCUUCCCCGGCGAGGAACUAAAGCACCCGCACCACCAUCCGCAGGCGCAGCCUGCGCCCUCGCAGCCGCCGCAGCCGGCGCCGCCGCCCGCCGCGGGCCCGCGGCUACCCCCUGAGGAGCUGGUCCAGACAAGAUGUGAAAUGGAGAAGUAUCUGACUCCUCAGCUUCCUCCAGUUUCCAUAAUUCCAGAGCAUAAAAAGUAUAGACGAGACAGUGCCUCAGUCGUAGACCAGUUCUUCACUGACAGUGAAGGGUUACCUUACAGUAUCAACAUGAACGUCUUCCUCCCUGACAUCACUCACCUGAGAACUGGCCUCUACAAAUCCCAGAGACCCUGCGUAACACACAUCAAGACAGAACCUGUUACCAUUUUCAGCCACCAGAGUGAAACGACUGCCCCUCCUCCUCCGGCCCCGACCCAGGCCCUCCCUGAGUUCACCAGUAUAUUCAGCUCACACCAGACCACAGCUCCAGAGGUGAACAAUAUUUUCAUCAAACAAGAACUUCCUACACCAGAUCUUCAUCUUUCUGUCCCUCCCCAGCAGGGCCACCUGUACCAGCUACUGAAUACACCGGAUCUAGAUAUGCCCAGUUCUACAAACCAGACAGCAGUAAUGGACACUCUUAAUGUUUCUAUGUCAGCUGCCAUGGCAGGCCUUAACACACACACCUCUGCUGUUCCUCAGACUGCAGUGAAACAAUUCCAGGGCAUGCCCCCCUGCACAUACACAAUGCCAAGUCAGUUUCUUCCACAACAGGCCACUUACUUUCCCCCGUCACCACCAAGCUCAGAGCCUGGAAGUCCAGAUAGACAAGCAGAGAUGCUCCAGAAUUUAACCCCACCUCCAUCCUAUGCUGCUACAAUUGCUUCUAAACUGGCAAUUCACAAUCCAAAUUUACCUGCCACCCUGCCAGUUAAUUCACAAAGCAUCCAACCUGUCAGAUACAAUAGGAGGAGCAACCCUGACUUGGAAAAACGCCGCAUCCACUACUGCGAUUACCCUGGCUGCACAAAAGUUUAUACAAAGUCUUCUCAUUUAAAAGCUCACCUGAGGACUCAUACUGGUGAAAAGCCCUACAAGUGCACCUGGGAAGGCUGCGACUGGAGGUUCGCGCGCUCAGACGAGCUGACCCGCCACUACCGGAAGCACACCGGGGCCAAGCCCUUCCAGUGUGGGGUGUGCAACCGCAGCUUCUCGCGCUCCGACCACCUGGCCCUGCACAUGAAGAGACACCAGAACUGAGCGUGCCGCCGCGGGCCUGCCGUGCCUGGGUGGCUCACGCUGCCAUCCUGCAGUCCAUCUGGCAAAUUCUAACUACAAACUUAACAAUACAUAUAAAAGAGAAAAAAAAAACAAAAAACUGGAAGUGUAUAUUUUGUAUAUUUGAGAAAACAGGGAAAUACAUUGUAUGAAUACCAAAGUAUUUGGUCCUUUUAAGAAUCUGGAAUGCUUGCUGUAAUGUACAUGGCUUUACUCGAGAAGUUUUCAUCUCAUGACAGGCAGCCACAUCUCAGCGUGGGUAGGGAGUUGGGGUGCAGAGGGUGUUGCAGUGUUUCUGCCUAAGCACCAUCAUUUAAUGUGACAGUGUUUGGUAAACCAGUCAGUUGGCAGGCACAGGAAGUGUGUCAAGAUUUUCCUUGACAUGGAGUACUUUUUUCAAUAUUAGAUAUUCCUUAGAGGUAUGCAGUGUAACUGGCAAUUCCAAAUAAGCCAUUGAACAAAUGUGUUUUUUUUUAUAUGAGUUGCCUAUAUUUGCUAUUCAAAAUUUUGUAAAUAUGCAAAUCAGCUUUAUAGGUUUAUUACAAGUUUUCUAAGAUUCUUUUGGGGAAAAAUCAUGAUUUCUUUUGAAAAUAACCAUGAAUACAUUUGCAGUUAGAAUUUGUGGUAAGAUACCUCUUAAAAUCUUAUAACAAAUUCAUUUCUUUAGAAGGAAGAAGUAAUCAUUCAAAUGAACUUAAAUGCAGAUUUUGUGCACUGAUUCAAAUAGGAUUGUUUAUUUUAAUUAUGAAAGACAUUUUAUAUGAAUUGUGAACUUAAAGAGCUUAAAGAUAGUUACAAUAUACAAAAGUUAAACCUCUUACAAUAAGCUAAAUACAGUAUGAUUUUUAAAAAGAAGGACUUAACAUAGUUUUCACAUAUGGCAAUGUUGAAUUUAUGAUGCAGUUUUCAUAUACGGAAACGUUGAAUUUAUGAUACGGUUUUCAUAUACCGAGAUGUUUGCUCGUGUGGUACUGUUGGUUAAGUGCCAGUUUAUGUGGAUUUUGCAUGUAAUAUACAGUGAGACACAGUAAUUUUACCUAAAUUACAGUGCAGUUUAGUUAAUCAUUGUUAAUACUGACUCAGUGUCUGCCUUUAAUUAUAAAUGACAUGUUGAAAACUUAAGAAAAACAUGCUACAUAUAUGCAAUAUAAAAUAGUAAUGUGAUGCUGUUAACCAAAGGGCAGAAUAAAUAAGCAAAAUGCCAAAAGGGGUCUUAAUUGAAAUGAAAAUUUAAUUUUGUUUUUAAAAUAUUGUUUAUCUUUAUUUAUUUUGUGGUAAUAUAGUAAGUUUUUUUAGAAAAUUUUCAUAACUUGAUAAAUUAUAGUUUUGUUUGUUAGCAAAGUUGCUCUUAAAACAUGUAAAUAGAUAAACGGUGUAAAUAUUUUGUAAGAGGCUUCAAAAUGUUUAUACGUGGAAACAUACCUACAUGAAAAGCAUAAAUCGGUUGCUGUUUGGCUUCUUUUCCCCUCUUAUUUUUGUAUUGUGGUCAUUUCCUAUGCAAAUAAUGGAGCAAACAGCUGUAUAGUUGUAGAAUUUUUUGAGACAAUGAGAUGUUUAUAUAUUAACGACAAUUCUUUUUGGAAAAUAAAAAGUGCCUAAAAGAUU